AUGGAUGAAGUAGAAACAUUAUUUCAUGAGAAGUUUCACAAUCGUGAAGAACUUAUUCAAAAAGCAAGACAAUUUUAUGCGGCAAAAGGGUAUGGAUUAUCUAUUAGAGACUCUAAGAAGGAUAAAUAUGUUGUGCUUUGUUGUGAUAGAGGUGGUAAGUAUCGCAAUAGGGGAAAAAUUUCCAUAGACAAUAGAAAAAAGAUAACUUGUACCCGACUUAUAAAUUGUCCCUUUGAACUUCAAGCGAAACUGGUUGGAGGAGAAUUUUGGAGAUUAGAGAUAAAUAAUAAUAAUCAUAAUCAUGACCCUUCAGAAGACAUGUCUGGUCAUCCUUCAUCUCGUUGUCUGACCAAGGAAGAAAUAAAAGACAUUGAAAAAAUGUCAUUGGCCGGAAUUCAACCACGCCAAAUUAUUUCCUCAUUGCGACAAAAGAACCCUAAUCUUCAAGCUGUAGCUCGAACGAUAUACAAUUUGAAAUCCAAAAUUCAGAAAGAGAGUUUGGGCAAUCGUUCUCUAAUUCAAGCUCUCUUUGAAGAACUUGAACAAGGAGGUUUCACAUUUACUUAUGUGAAAGACGAUAGAGGUCAUUUAACCCAUGUGUUUUUCGCUCACCCAAGAUCAAUCAUGCUAGCUAAAAGAUAUUCCACUGUAUUUGUGAUGGAUUGCACUUAUAAGACUAAUAAGUACGGCAUGCCAUUACUUGACAUUAUUGGAAUGACAAGUUUGAACAAGUCAUUUUAUGCUGCCUUUGUUCUUUUACGAAGUGAGAAAGAAGAGGACUAUGUUUGGGAUUUGAAAAAUUUUAGUAGUAUGUUAGGAUUAAAUUGUCAACCACAAGUCAUUGUUACUGAUCGGGAAUUGGCGUUAAUAAGUGCUAUAAAUAUUGUAUUUCCCGAAACCACUCAUCUAUUAUGUGUUUGGCACAUCCAAAAAAAUAUAGUUGUCAAAUGCAAAUGA